AGGAGAAUUCUGAUUGGCUCUGAAGACGGCAGAUGUUCACGCCUCUUACAUUCUUCUUACUUGAGUCAUAACUGCCGAGCUCGGUGCAGACGAAAUACACAGUUUCAUCGCUGCAACCCAGAAUGAAAACACUCAUUUUUCUCGUUGUCUUGGGAACAUACAACACAGCAGCAGAGCGACACACUAUGACAUACAUUGAGACUGCAGCCACUGGUUGGAAUGAAUCUCCUGAGUUAACUGAAGUCAUAUUUGUAAAUGGUCAGGAGUUUGUGCAUUAUAAGAGCAGCUUGAAGAAGAUGGUACCCAAGACUGAGUGGAUUGAGAAAACUGUAGAUCCUGAAUAUUGGGAAAGAGAGAGACAGAGAAACAUACACAAUGAGCAAGCGAUCAAAGCACACGUCGUCUGGCUAAUGGAGCGUUUGAAUCAGACUAGCGGUGUUCACAUUUUGCAGUGGAUGUACGGCUGUGAGUGGAACGAAGACACAGAAGAGGUGACUGGAUUUGAGAUACUUGGUUAUGAUGGAAGAGAUCAUGUUGCAUUUGACCUGAAGACAGAGACAUAUAUUGCUUCAGCACCUCAGGCUGUUAUAACCAAACAUAACUGGGACAGAGACAAAACUCGCAUAUUAUACAAGAAGUACUUCCUCACACAGGAGUGUGUUGACAAACUGAAGAACUUUGUGAACUCUGGGAGGAAAUCUCUGAUGAAAACAGUUCCUCCCUCAGUGUCUCUCCUCCAGAAGUCUCCCUCCUCCAUCAGCUGCCACGCUACAGGUUUCUAUCCUAACAGAGCCGAGAUGUUCUGGAAAAAAGAUGGAGUGGAGCUUCAUGAGGGUGUGCACAAAGGAGAGAUUCUCACCAACAAUGAUGAGACCUUCCAGAUGAGUGUUGAUCUGAAACUUUCAUCAGUCAAACCUGAAGACUGGGAGAGGCACGAAUGUGUGUUUCAGUUCAGUGGCGUCAACAAGGAGAUCGUCACCAAACUGGACAAAACAAAAAUCAAGACCAAUACAGGUCCUUCAGGGUUUCAUGUUGGUGGUGUUAUCGGAGGUCUUGCGGUUCUUCUCCUGGCCGUCUGUAUCGGAAUCUAUUUCAAGUUACGAGGAAAUGGUAACGAGAAGGAUGGGGAUUGA